AUGGCGUUCAAGGCUCUUCUCUCCGCCGUCUCGCUUAUAGCGGCCCUCCAGGGCGCGAGCGCUGCGCUGACGCGCCGCGUCGCUUGCCCCGACGGCAAGAACACCGCGACCAACGCGGCGUGCUGCUCGCUCUUCGCCGUCCGCGACGACAUCCAGCAGAACCUGUUCCACGGUGCCCAGUGCGGCGAGAACGCGCACGAGUCCCUCCGCAUCACCUUCCACGACGCCAUCAGUUUCUCGCCCGCCAUGGAGGCCCGCGGCCAGUUCGGCGGUGGAGGCGCAGACGGCUCUAUUGCCAUCUUCCCCGACAUCGAGACCAACUUCCACGCGAACAUCGGUCUUGACGAGAUUGUCGCUGAGCAGGCGCCGAUUCAGGCCCGCCACAACCUCUCGCACGCCGACUUCAUCAUGUUCGCGGGUGCUCUCGGCACAUCCAACUGCCCCGGCGCCCCCCGCCUCGACUUCUUCCUCGGUCGCAAGGACGCGACGCGCCCGGCGCCCGACGGGCUCGUGCCGGAGCCGUUUGACACGCUCGAGGACGUCUUCGCGCGUCUCGCAGACGCCUCCGCCGGCGAGUUCGACGAGAUCCUGACGGUGUGGCUGCUCACCGCGCACACGAUCGCGGCGACGGACCACCUGGACCCGACGAUCCCGGGCACGCCGAUGGACUCGACGCCGCACAUCUGGGAUACGCAGUUCUUCAUCGAGACGCAGCUGCGCGGGACCGCGUUCCCGGGCACGGGCGGCAACCACGGCGAGGUGAUGUCGCCGCUGAAGGGCGAGAUCCGGCUGCAGACGGACCACCUGCUCGCGCGCGACUCGCGCACGAGCUGCGAGUGGCAGUCGUUCGUGAACAACCAGCAGAAGGCGCAGGACAUGUUCGCGUUCGUGUUCCACGACCUCUCGAUGCUCGGCCAGGACCCGGACAGCCUCAUCGACUGCAGCGAGCUGAUCCCGCAACCCGCUCCCGUCAUCGGCAAGGCGCACUUCCCCGCUGGCCUCACCAACAAGGACAUCGAGCAGGCGUGCGCGGACACCCCCUUCCCCACGCUCCCGACCGACCCUGGCCCCAAGACCACCGUCGCCGCCGUCCCCAUCAACUCUUAA